CCUAUCUUCCACUAAUUGAGUGUGAGACCUAACUCUCUGAAUAUCGCUCCUAGAACUCAGUUUCUCUUAAGUCGUAAGAUAGGAAAAACCCAUAGAUGUUGUACUAUAAUGUCCAAUGAUGGAGUAUAAACAGAUAAUUUAAAGGAAUAUACUGCUCAAUUUUCUAUGUUUCUAGGUUAAGAAUUUUGGGCUAAUCUUCCAUUAUUUUGCUAUAUGAUGAUAGGUCAAGUUAUAGUAUCAGAUUUGAGGAUAUUCUACCUCAGGAAGACAUGUUAAAAUUAUUGAAUAAC